CAGGAAGGUCAGGUAGCUCUUGUGCUGACAAGAACGACGAAUCUUCCGCAACCAUCAGUGGUGCUAACGGUUCCACGGGUGGCAUUGCAUUUGGUGUGAUUCCAAAAUCGUCCAACAAAACAAAUAACGGACAUCCUUCGCCAAUUCAUUUUCGACCACGAAUGGAACCUGGGAAGCUCGAAAGUGCUAUCCAUGUUCCAGCAAGCCGGAAUCGUGACUGCCACCGAAUACAUGCUCCGGUUGCGUUCCAGCGCAGCGAUUCAACAGGUGAUGAACGACCUUCUAGAGGUGGAGCAUCGUCUGCUGGCCGAUGUUGUCAGCAACGCCUAUCUGGACACACCCUACUCGACGAGCCUCCGUGAAAUCCUGCAGGAAAGCUUCUCUUCAGCACUGGACGAUCUUAUCGGUGAUCCCAAUGUCAUCCCUUGCAACUAUCUAGAACAGCUGAAGUCUCAUCUCUCGGAUCCGGACAUGACUCGGUUACGAACUCAACACAUUGAGCUGCUGCUCGGGAAGAAGAAACUCCAUGCACUGUCCGAAGCCGUUGGUCUCCAAGAACAGUGGAGAGCGAACUUUGAAGAACGGCGCAGUUCUACGUUGGGGCGAAUUAUGCUGGAAGUGGUUCGAGAUCGAGCCAAUGCCGCUGAAACGCUUUUCUCCUGGGCUAAAACGAGGAGCUUAUCGUGGAAAUAUUAUCUGGCUUUGCUGCAUGUGGUGGCAGUUGCUAUUGAUAGUGAUAGGGUGGAAAUUGUGCGCUUGAAGGGCAUUCUGAAAGAUCUGUUCACCAAGGUGGUGGAGGUCGGAGACUUUGAGACCUUUUUAAUCCUGAUGGUGAGCGGCAGAGAGAUUUGCAUAUCUAAUGAAAAGGUUUUGGGAAACUACUCGGCAUGGUAUAAGGCAACGAUUGGAGAGAUGAGCUACCGGAUAAAGAAGGAUCAGUUCGUGCAUGUGGUAGAACUGAUGACCAGGCUAAUCGGUUUGGAGAAGGAUCCGGAAGUUCUGAAAGUUCACAUCAACAUUUCUGUGAACACCCCUCCGAAGUGCAUGGAGCUGAUUGUGAACUACAAACAACUUUGUCGGGCACAACUGGCCAAGUUGUUGAAUGAGAAGACUCGAGAAGAUGUAAGUAUGGAAUGCGAAACGUCCAUUGUCAUCGAUGAUGAUUAAACACAGUGGUACACUUUAGAA